GAAGCGCGGUACCAUCGCAGAUCGGAAGUGGCGCUCUUCACGGUCCUUCUUGUGUCGUGCACGUGGAACGGGUGAGCGUACUGGUUCAGCGCUGAUCAGUUUUGCUGUGUACAAAUUGGUUAUCUCGACCAGUGCGAAGGAUCAACCAUGGCGACGACCAAGGUCGACAAUCCUGAGAAGCCAGGACAAGAGGUCACUCCCAUUCAUCGAAUUAGAAUCACGCUCACGUCGCGCAAUGUUCGGUCCCUCGAAAAAGUGUGCGCCGAAUUAAUCAACGGGGCGAAAAAGCAAAAGCUGAAGGUCAAGGGACCUGUUCGCAUGCCGACGAAGAUUCUGAGAAUAACUACCCGUAAAACACCGUGCGGCGAGGGUUCGAAGACCUGGGAUCGCUUCCAAAUGCGAAUUCACAAGCGAGUGAUCGAUUUGUAUUCGCCAUCGGAGAUUGUGAAGCAAAUCACAAGCAUCUCCAUCGAGCCUGGCGUAGAGGUGGAAGUGACGAUCGCUAAUGAAUAAAGUGUCAUUAAGAUCACAGUUUUAAUAAAAAUAUAUGAAAAUUUGAAACA